GCGCCAGUGCGAGCCGCCGGCGGAAGUGCUGCGGCUGCGUCGUGCACUUCCGGGUGUUGUCUUGUCGCCGCCGCCGCGCGUCUCUGGUCUCCUGGCCACCGCCGCCGCCUCGGUCCUGGAGCCCGGAGCGACGUCACCGCCAUGGCCGGCAUCAAAGCUUUGAUUAGUUUGUCCUUUGGAGGAGCAAUUGGGCUGAUGUUUUUGAUGCUUGGAUGUGCCCUUCCAAUAUACAACCAAUACUGGCCCCUCUUUGUUCUGUUUUUUUACAUCCUUUCGCCUAUUCCAUACUGCAUAGCAAGAAGAUUAGUGGAUGAUACAGAUGCUAUGAGUAACGCUUGUAAGGAACUUGCCAUAUUUCUUACAACAGGCAUUGUUGUCUCAGCUUUUGGACUCCCUAUUGUAUUUGCCAGAGCACACUUGAUUGCGUGGGGAGCUUGUGCACUUGUUCUCACAGGAAACACAGUCAUCUUUGCAACUAUACUGGGCUUUUUCUUGGUCUUUGGAAGCAAUGACGACUUCAGCUGGCAGCAGUGGUGAAAGAAAUUACUGAACUAUUGUCAGAUAGACUUCUUGUCAUUCGUUGGUCAUCAUGCACACAGGAAAUGGGGCAGCGAUGCUGAAUGGUGUAGCAAGCCUCCUGGGGGUAUUCUAGGUGCUCCCUUCUCACUUUUAUUGUAAGCAUACUAUUUUCACAGAGACUUGCUAAAGGAUUAAAAGGAUUUUCUCUUUUGGAAAAGCUUGACUGAUUUCACACUUACCCAUAGUAUGCUUUUUGUGGUGCCCUGCUGAAUUUAAAUAUUUAUGUGUUUCCCUUGUCUAGUUUUGUUUUUGUUUUUUAAUCAGUAUACAGUGUUAAACAUUUUUUAAAUGCAAUAACCAUUCACAUUGGUUAGGAAUUAGAUUUCUGCUGGCUUUUACUGGGCUAAAGUAUAUCUUUUAAAAUUAUUUAACCUUCAUUAUUACAAAAAGUUACAAAAGUAAGUUUUCAAUCAGUCAGGAUGACAUCACUCCCAAUUUUAUGCAGACAUUCAGUGUUGGCAUACCUUAUAGACUAUAUACUCAGUGCAAAUAUAGCUGCAUUUUUAUACCUCAGAAGGGCCAAGUAUUAAUGCCCAUGCCAUCCAUAAUGGUUGCUGGUUUUGCCAGUAAAGAGGUGUUUUGUGAAUUGAAAUUAUUUCAUGGAGUUGCUACAGAGGAGUGCUUUUCUUCUGAAUUGUUUGAAGAAAUUUUUGUUAAACUUUAAGGGUGUAAAAACAAAUUUUUGAGAUACGGUUUUUAUUUAUGUUUUUGAUAAAGAGUUGCAUUGUGGGAGGAAAUAAUGUUCAAAUUUCAUUUUUUGAGUCCUGUUUCUAAUUAUAAGGGGACAUUUUGAUCUCCUAUCAGCCUUUCAUGUUUUGCCACGGGUAAAAUGGACAUUCAUGGAACUACUACUGAGAAGGGAAAGUUGUAUGUUUGCAUCAUAUAUACCAGAAAACUUUUCCCUGCUCCCUCCUUUUAACUUAUUUUAUACAAUGUAUAUAUCAAAUAAAAUAACUUUUCAAAUAUAGUUUAAUAACACUUUAAAUUAGAAGUGUUUAUCUUCACCUGAAAAGGUAAUUGCUAUGCCAUACAUUCAGAGUGCCCCCUGCCCCACAAGGCUUUGACAUGAUUAACAAGUGACUUGUUAGUCUUGCAAAUAAUUCAUGCAUUAACAAUUUAAGAUUUAGACAGUGGUUAAUUGUAGUUCUUAUUCUCUAAUGUUAUAUCAUAUGUAAUUUAAAACUAUUUAAGACAAGUUUCCUGUAUACCUCUCAGUUGUUUUUAUUUUUGUUUCAUCAUGAUAGAGCUGCUGUUUCCUUUCAAAUGGCAUUAUUGUGUGAAUUAAUGCAAAGUAGCCACAUCCAGCUGUGCAGCAGCUUCAGACAAACCUGACCCCAAAGUUCCCAGUAGCCAGGCAUGAUCAGAUUGUAAUGGUUAUUUGCAGCUCACAAUUAUCAGUACUUUUUUCAGGAGCUAGUUAUGAAAAGGUUAAAAUUGGUCUGAGUAUUUUAAGGACAUUUGUAUGUAUGUUUAUUCAGUAUACUUACAUAAAAAAUUGUUUUACCUUCAGACAAAACUGAGUAAUCAUGACAGCUAUCUUUUGUUUUUUUAUAAAGUUUAUUUCUCAAGAAAAGGGGAACAAAUUUUAGAUUUGGUCAUCUUUUUACUAAAGAUGCCUGAAGUCACAGGUUUUAUAGCGGAACACAAGUUAUUACUUUUAGCUGUGAGAUGGGAAGCAGAAUGAGAUACUGCCUGUGGUUAUCCCAUCUGCACAUUAGGCUGAAAAUGGCUUGCAGAGUUAUAAUGCUGUAGACUCGAAGAGGAAGGUACAGGUUCGCAUGAAUUAGCUGGUGAAACCAUUGGGAACUCAGUGCCUGUGAUCUACUCUAUUCUUUGGCAGUAAGUACAUUCUCUAACCCUUCCCCACUUUCUGUUCUAGAAUGUCAGUGCAGUGCACUGCAGCUGUUUUAGUCAUUUGGCCAUAGACUCUUUCUAACAGCUGCAUAUUUCUGUAUACUAAUUGCAUUGGCAGCAUUGUGUCUUUGAUCUUGCACACUAGCUUGACAUAGUGCUGUCUCUGAUUUCUAGGCUAGGUACCUAAAGUAUGAAUUUUCCAUAGAAUAUGCACUGAUACUUCAUUGCCAUUCUUCUAUGGAAAGAAAACUUUUGAUGAUGAAACAAUAAAGAUUUUAAAUA